ACCGACCAAUGAGAGCGCAGUGAGCUGCUGCCGAGGGGACGCUUCGUACGAGCCGUUCCCACUGGUAACCAAUCAGGGCUCAGCAGGGUCGGUUUCUUUUUCAGAGACCGGUGUUUGCUCAUUCUCCGGUUGCCGUCAAUAUGGUGCUGUCUGAGAUGUCGGUGGAGCGGCAGAUCUUCUACGCGGUUCUGCUGUUUUCGUGGCUCGUUUACGUAUGGGAGGCUUAUCUGGCCCGGAGGCAGCGUAAGAUUUAUCAAGCUACAAGACAUGUACCAGCCGAACUUGGUAAUAUUAUGGAUCCAGAAACAUUUGAGAAGUCUCGAUUAUAUCAGCUUGAUAAAAGUACAUUCAGUUUCUGGUCUGGAUUGUACUCGGAGGCAGAAGGCACACUCAUCCUUGUUCUUGGUGGAAUUCCUCUCCUUUGGAAUGUAUCGGAGGACAUCUUGGAUCGUGCAGGCUUUGGUCCAGAGUACGAGAUAGUACAUUCCUUGGUAUUUCUACUCCUGGCUACUUUGUUCAGCUCCCUGACUGGCCUCCCAUGGGGCUUAUAUAAUACAUUUGUGAUUGAAGAAAAACAUGGCUUUAACCAACAGACACUUGGAUUUUAUUUCAAAGAUGCCGCAAAGAAGUUCUUAGUUACUCAGUGCAUUCUUCUACCUGUCACCUCUCUCUUGUUGUACAUCAUUAAGAUUGGUGGAGAUUACUUCUUCAUUUAUGCAUGGCUGUUUACCUUGGUGGUAUCCCUGGUCCUUGUAACAAUAUAUGCAGAUUAUAUUGCACCCUUAUUUGAUAAAUUUACCCCACUUCCUGAUGGAGAAUUAAAAGAAGAUAUUGAAGCAAUGGCGAAGAGCAUUGAUUUCCCACUGACCAAAGUUUAUGUUGUAGAAGGUUCUAAACGUUCCUCUCACAGCAAUGCAUACUUUUAUGGGUUCUUUAAAAACAAGCGGAUUGUUUUGUUUGACACCCUGCUGGAAGAUUACUCUCCCCUAAACAAAGCCAGCACAGAGGAAACCUCAGAAAAUGAAAAUGCGGACCUUAAACCUAAAGGCAAAAAUUUAAAUAAGAAGCAAGGUUGCAACAACUAUGAAGUCCUGGCUGUUCUAGGUCAUGAGCUGGGUCACUGGAAGUUGGGUCACACCUUAAAGAACAUUGUCAUUAGCCAGAUGAACUCUUUCCUCUGCUUCUUCUUGUUUGCUGCCCUCAUUGGACGUAAAGAACUGUUUGCAGCUUUUGGAUUUCAUUCAACACAACCCACUCUGAUUGGUCUGAUGAUUAUUUUUCAGUUUAUCUUCUCACCAUACAAUGAAGUCUUGUCAUUCUGUCUUACUGUACUUAGCCGGAGAUUUGAAUUUCAGGCCGAUGCGUUUGCCAGGAAUCUUGGAAAAGCCAAAGACUUGUAUUCUGCUUUGAUUAAACUAAAUAAGGAUAAUUUAGGAUUUCCAGUGUCAGACUGGAUGUUUUCAAUGUGGCAUUAUUCUCACCCUCCAUUACUUGAAAGACUGCAAGCUCUGAAAGUUGACAAGCAGAACUGACAACCUGUAUCCAUGUGGAGACUAACUUCACUCAAGGGUUAACAUACUUGGUUUCUCUUUUCAAUUCUAGCUCUGCAUAUUAAAUGCAGACUGUAUAUUCUAAAUGCAAACUUGAUCCAUAUUAUGAGGACAUUUUAAUGAUCUGGAAAUGUAUAAAAUGUACAGCACAAGUUUUCAUAAGAGGAGAAAACAUUCUGAGUUUUAACUGAAAGUGUACUCUUUCCCCCUAUCCCCCCGGGGAGCCUUAUUUUGUGUUUUUAUUCUUUGACCUACUAUAUGCUUGAAGUGUUAAAGGCAGUUCUCGCCGGCUCCUGUGGUGAUCAACAGGACUUUUUUUAUUUUGUUAGUGAAAUCUGGGAUCACAACAAAAUGUAUGAAUGGAUGUAUGACAUUGAUUAAAUGUAUGUUCUUUAUGAAAGGUUUCAAACUUGUAUCUUUUAUUUUUUUGUUUUGUUAAUUUUGUACUUUUUUUCGGCCAUCCCCUUUUUUUGCUCAUAAAUUAAAGUUAACCUCCCAGAGUG